AUGUCUGUUCCUGCUUCAGCCCUUAUUACUACAACUGCCAACACGGUUGAUCCUGCAACUCGACGAGAGCACCAAGGACUCAAACAAGAAACAAGGAGGAUUUUAAUCUCAACGACAAAUAAGGAUUUCCAGAAAUUGUGCUUGAUCGAUGAUAUCCAGCGCUUAGGAGUGGCCUAUCAUUUUGAGAAAGAGGUAGAAGAUGCAUUAGAAGAAAUUUAUCAUAAUUACUACAACGAUGGCAGCAAUCUCAGCAGUAUUGCUCUUCGAUUUCAGUUACUUAGACAACAAGGGUACAAAGUUCCAUGUGAUGUGUUUGAAAAAUUCAAAGAUGAAAAAGGAAAAUUCAAGACAUCCUUAAUUAAUGAUAUUUCGGGCAUGCUAAAUCUGUAUGAAUUUGCACAUCUUGGCAUACGAGGUGAGAAUGUCCUCGAUGAAGCUAUAGCUUUCACUAAAGCUCACCUUGAGCCAAUUGUUACUCAAUUGUAAUCUCACACUGAGCUGGCAGAACAAAUAACUCAUGCUUUGAACAGGCCUAUCCGUAAAGGCUUACCAAGGUUAGAGACAAGACAUUCCGUUGAGAUCUACUCAAAAGAUAUUAAUCCACAGAUUAAAACACUACUAAAGUUUGCAAAAUUAGAUUUUAACAUGUUACAGCUACAAUAUCAGAAAGAGGUUAGUAGCAUCGCCAGGUGGUGGAAAGGUUUAGAUGUUGAAACAAAUUUGCCAUAUGAUAGAGAUAGAGUGGUAGAACUAUAUUUCUGGAUAGUGGGAGUGUACUUUGAGCGCCAAUACUCCUUAGCAAGAAGGAUAAUGACCAAAGUAAUCUCUAUGACGUCCAUUUUAGAUGAUACUUACGAUGCCUAUGGAACCUAUGAAGAACUUGAGCGGUUUACUGAUGCUAUCAAAAGGUGGGAUACGAGCACUGUAGAUGUACUUCCAGAGUACAUGAAACUGAUUUAUCAAGCACUUUUAGACGUUUACAGUGAAGCGGAGGAGGAGAUUUCGAAGGAAAGGAGAUCAUUUUGUAUGGACUGUGCAAUAGAAGAGGCCAACUUCACUUUAAUUAAUACACUGGAGGAGUAUUUGCAGAUUUCACUUGUUACCACUCCAUUUAAAAUGCUGGCAAUUGCUUCUUUCCUCGGCAUGGGACAGAUGGCUAACAAAUCGGCCUUCGAUUGGAUCGCCAAUGACCCUAAAAUUGUUACAGCUUCAACAAUUAUAAGCAGACUCAUGGAUGAUAUAGUGUCCCAUGAGUUUGAGCAAAAGAGAGAACAUGUUGCCUCAGCAGUGGAGUGCUACAUGAAACAGCAUGGCGUUACUGAGGAAGAAGUAAGAAAAUUGUUCCGAAAAGAAAUUUCAAAUGCAUGGAAAGAUAUAAAUCAAGAGUUCCUUAAACCAACAGCAGUUCCAGUUCCCCUCCUUGGGCGUAUUCUCAAUCUUUCACGGUCUAUGGAUGUUAUACACAAGGAGGAAGAUACCUACACUAAUUCUUACAAGCUGAAAGACGACGUCGCUUCCGUACUUGUGAACCCAGUUCCCCUAUGA